AGUAAGGUCAUCGUAACAGCAUGAUCAAGAAGUUGCAUCUGUAAUGUUCGCUAGUGCAAUUCAUCAUAUAGUAGAGUUGCCCGAAGAUAAUUGUUGGUCACUAUUUGCAAAAUAUGCAUUUCAUAAUGGUAAUUCUGAUGAACGUCUAAAGCUAGAGGCACUAGGAAUCGAGAUUGUUAAAAAGUGCAAAGGUCUACAGUUAGCAAUCAAGGCUAUUGGGGCUCUCUUGCGGUUGAAAUUAAAUGUUGAUGAAUGGGAUAAGGUCUUAAGAAGUGAAUUAUGGGAUUUACCAAUUAAGGAGACAUGCAUCCUUCCUUCUUUAAGAUUAAGUUAUACCUAUCUUUCGUCAGAUCUAAAGCGAUGCUUUGCAUAUUGUUCCAUAUUCCCAAAGGAUUAUUCCUUUAAAAAAGACAAAUUAGUUUUAUUAUGGAUGGCAGACAGUCUCUUGCUGCAACCCAAAAACAAAACAAUGGAAGAAGUUGGUGAUGAUUACUUCCAUUCUCUUGUAUCGAGAUCCUUAUUCCAACCAUCCAAUCGCGAUGAAUAUAUAAUGCAUGAUCUUGUAAGCGAUUUGGCAAAAUUUAUAUCUAAACAAUUUGCUUUAAGCCAUGAAGAUGACUGUUCUCAUGAAAUUGGAAGCAAGACUCGCCAUUUUUCGUAUUCUUGGAAAAAAAUUGAUAUUAAGAAGUUUAAGGCCCUUCAAAGGGGUAAGACGAGGUUACGAACUAUCGUAGAAUUAAAUUUCUUUAGGGACGAUUUGUUCCUCGAGUAUGAAACCCAAUAUUUAUUUCCAAUGACAAGAUGCCUACGAGUGCUCAUUCUAUCUCAUUGUGGGGACAUAAUUAAGUUGCCAGAUUCAAUUGGUAAAUUUAUACAUCUACGUUAUUUGGACCUUUCUUGCACUAAUGUUAAAUGUUUGCCUGAUUCCAUAUGUAAGUUGUGCAAUUUGCAAACAUUGAAUUUAUCAAAUUGUGGGUACCUUGCUGCCUUGCCGAGAGAUAUGCAUAAACUCAUUAAUUUGCGUCAUCUUGAUUUUGCUGAAACUAAGAUAAUGGAGAUGCCGACAAAUCUGGGUAAACUAAAAUGUCUUCAAACGUUUACUAGAUUUAUUGUCAGCAAACACAGUGGAUCUUACAUUGAAGAGCUAGGGAAACUCACAAAUCUUCAGGGAUUGCUUCCUAUUUUUGAGCUCCAAAAUGUUGAAUCUCCUAUGAAUGCCAAGGAAGGAAGCUCGAGGGAUUUGAAGCACCUUAAGGAGUUGGUAUUGGAGUGGAGAGUUGAUGCUAUUAAUGCUUCGGAAGUUCAAAUAAUGGUACUUGAUAGUCUUCGGCCCCAUUCAAACUUGAAAAGCCUCGCCAUUAACGGCUAUGGUGGUAAAAGUUUUCCAGCCUGGGUAGGGCAUGCUUCAUUCUUUCAUAUGACAUCUCUUCGUCUAGAAUAUUGUAACCACUGUUGCAGCUUGCCACCGCUUGGGCAACUGCCAUCUCUACAGAACCUCUCUAUUGUUGGGUUGGAUGAAGUUGUGAAAGUGGGCCGUGAGUUUUAUGGAAGUGGAUCUUCUUCAAUGAAGCCAUUUGGAACCUUGAAAGUUCUAAGUUUCGGGAAUAUGUUGAAGUGGGAGGAAUGGUUUUCUUUUGACACUGAAAUUGAAGGUGGAGCAUUUCCUAAUCUUAGAGAGCUUGAAAUUUAUGAAUGCCCUAAGCUAACAAGCGGGUUGCCUGUCCAUCUUCCUUCUUUAACCAAAUUUAAGAUUCUUAAUUGUUCACAACUGGUGGCUCCACUCCCUAGAGCUUCUUCUCAGUGUAAACUGAUGCUCCAAAAUUGCAAUACAGUGGUUUUAUUAAAUGAAUCAUCGACUGGAAUACAUGAGCUCAAAACUCCACAAUUUGAUUCAUUAGAGCUUACCAUCCAAAGCUGUAGAAAGUUAGAGCUCCCAACACACCUAGACUAUUCGUUUCUUGAAUGUUUGAAGUUGGACAGUUGUGAUUCUCUCAGGUUCUUUCGAUUAGAUUUAUUUCCAAAGCUUCGUCAUUUGAAAAUAAGUGAUUGUGGGUAUCUAGAAUCUCUUUCGGUUAAAGAAAAGCAUGAACAAGAUCUACUUCUCUCAUUGAUAGACAUAGACAUCAGUGGAUGCUCUAAUUUUGUUUACUUUCCGGAAGAUGGAUUGCGUGCCCCCAACCUUAAAUAUUUUUGGGUCACUAAUUGUGGAAGUCUGCUGUCACUACCUGACAAGAUGUACAUACUUCUUCCGUCUCUUGAGACUUUGUCUAUAGAUAAUUGUUCAGAAGUUAAGUCGUUUCCCGAAGGGGGCUUGCCUUCCAAUUUGAAUGAAAUUUACAUCGACAAUUGUGACAAACUCUUUGCAAGCCGGAUGGAGUGGGAUUUACAAAAACUCCCGUCUGUUAAAAAAUUCACAAUUGGGGAUAAAUCUGAAGAAGUGGAGUCCUUUCCAGAGGCGAGGCUGCUGCCUAUCAGUCUUUCCUAUCUUCGCAUCAAAGGCUUUCCAAAUUUGAAAUAUUUGGACAGUAAAGGGCUUCAACACCUCACCUCUCUUCAAGAAUUGCAUAUUGAUAACUGCCCUAUGCUUGAGUGCAUGCCAGAAGACGGGCUUCCUGCUUCCCUUUUUACUCUAAAUAUAAUUUUGUGUCCUUUGUUGGAGAAAGAGUGGCAAAGUAGAGAAGGAAAAGAAUGGCACAAGAUUGCUCACAUCCAGCACAAGUGGAUUGAUUUCAAACUAAUUGGUUGAGCCAAGAGUCCAGCAAGAUUCUCCAUUUUAUUUAUAAUAUCCACGUUUACAGUGAGGAGAACAUCAAGAAUUAUUGAGGUCAAAACUCAGCAUAAUUUCCUCCUUUUCAAACAAGAGAAAUUAAUAUUGCUGACAUAAAAUCCAACAGACAAGCCCUCCUUGUUUUCUCUGCUGCUAUCCCUCAUGCGGCUAUGCCCAAAAACUCAACUGGAAUUCUACAUUGAAUAGAAUAUAAAGAAUAUGAACCAAAAGACCCAAAAAACUGGGUUGAGGAUAAUUCUUUGGCGCUCUGGAAGUUCUUGAAAUAGAGGUGUUUUGGCCCAUGGUAAACAACGAAUGUUUGAGCACAGGGUGUUCUGGAAACAAACAUGUGCUCUUCUCUGUAGCAUAAGUUUCAUCAUUCCUUAUGAAGAAAAUGCAAAGCAUUGUAUACAAUUUGUGUUAGGCCCGCUCAGCACGAUAUUGAGGUCCAUAAAAGACUUGAGUUUGUUUCUCUUAACAUCAAUUGGUCUGCAUAUGAGAUGUCGAAAGUCCGAUCCAACAAAUAGUAUUAGAGCUAAGAUCAUGAAUUCAAGUCGUAGAAGUGCUACACUGAGUUACAACAAUGUACGUAAUUUAUUUUUCCCUCUCCCAAAAGUCAAAUUCUUCAAGCUUUUCAAAACACACUCAAUUCUCCCUAAAUUAUCCUACCCCUUUCAUAACACACUUCACGUUUUAGUUGCUAGAGAAGACGUCAACACAUCAUUUUCUCCUUUUUGUAAGUA